AUGGAGGAGAAGCGGAAAAUCGCCGAGGCCGACAGCCUCAAACGACUCGCAUUCUUUGGCAUUUCGGUGUCGACGAUCGCCACGCUGACAGCGAUCAUCGCCGUUCCGAUGCUCUACAAUUAUAUGCAGCACGUUCAGUCGAGCCUUCAGAAUGAGGUGGAGUUUUGCAAACAUCGAACCGAUGGAUUGUGGGAUGAGUUCAGUCGAUUCGAGGCGGUCAAAGGCGUCAGCUCGCGAAUCAAACGUGGCGGCGGUUAUGCGGAAGGUGGCGCCGCUGGUGGUGGCGGUGGUGGUGGUGGUGGAAGUUGCUGCUCGUGCGGUAUUGGUGCCGCCGGACCGCCGGGACCGCCGGGCAAGGACGGCGACGAUGGAAAGGACGGCGCUCCCGGAAAUCCGGGAAGCGCUGGAGCGGACGCGGCCGCCGCCACCGCACCGUCGCCGUCGGACUUCUGCUUCGAUUGUCCGCCGGGACCAGCGGGACCGGCGGGCAACGCGGGACCACCUGGACCGCCGGGAGCGCCGGGCGCUCCCGGCAACACGCCGUCCGGCGGUGGACCGGGACCAGCCGGGCCGCCGGGACCGCCGGGACCGCCAGGAAGCGACGGAACGCCGGGCGCGCCCGGAAAUCCGGGAGCGCCGGGCGAUGUUGUGGAAGUGCCCGGCACGCCGGGACCCGCCGGACCACCGGGACCGAUAGGACCAGCCGGCCCGCCAGGCAAUCCGGGCGCACCGGGAAGCGCCGAACCGGGACCGCCGGGACCGGCCGGCGAUCCGGGACCCGACGGCGCGCCCGGCAAUCCGGGAGCGCCGGGAUCGCCGGGCGACGCCGGCGCGCCGGGAUCCGGCGGAGGAUGCGAUCAUUGCCCGCCGCCGAGAACCGCGCCGGGCUACUAA